GUGUAAGCACCAGCUGUUACCACAUUGUCAGAGAGAAGUAAGAGGGGAUUGGGUGUACGCGUAGGUAACCACAGGAAGAGAAUACUUUCACUGCCAAACCGUACGGUUGGGAGCCUUGGAGAAGGACGAGGAAACACCGACGAAAUCGUUCGAGACGGACGGAUAAGGACGGUGAGAGUGAAAACGAGUAGGGAUUCCGUUUGGUAUCCUAUCGUUCUUCCUUCUUGCCUGGUGGUCAUUCGACGAUCGGUCUCGAAACCGGCGAGCCCAACCACCGAUCGAUCGGUCCUCCAGCUCGACAAAGUUCGGCGUUUCUCGAUACUCGGAGGAGUGUGCCAAGGAAGUUGGAUCGUUCUUCUAGAAACUGUGCAACUGGGAAGUCGAACUCCUUUGUGGAAACCGUGUGACAGAAUCUUUCUCCUUUUUUUUUUUCUUCGAUAUUGGAAAGGAUUCAGUGGUUCGAGCAACAAUGACCGAAGAGGAGAGGGAGAAGAGUUAAUUGGAAGAUUUGAUGGAGAAUUUCAGGAGUUCAGGGGGAAGAUAGUGUGGAGAAUAUCGUCACGAAGGAGGACGAUACUUCUCACGACACAACGGCCACGAAAACUCCCAAACCUACAAUGAAGACCGCGAGAAACUCUGGCGCACCGUUCAACCUACACCGCCUUACCAACGAACUCGACACCAGACCACCAGACAUCCACCUAAACAUCCAAACGCACCAACAACCUGCGUGAUGACAAACACACCAUCGAGCCAACUCUCAGCGCCAACGAAAAAGAACGGACGAACCAGCGAAAGAGAAGAUGGUAUUCAGCGCGAUCGUCGUCACGUCGGCCUUGAAGGGUGCUCUGGGCCUAGUGGGCACCAGUCUAUGGCUAAUCCCUCUGCUGAUAGCAGGCCUGUCCUACUAUCGAUACGAUCAACUGGACCCGGAGAGUCGUCCCAUCGACAGAUACCCUCUCUACCCGGAAUACGACUUCGUAGUGGUGGGUGCAGGCUCGGCGGGCGCGGUGGUGGCCAACCGGCUGUCAGAGGUCCCAAAGUGGAACGUUCUGUUACUAGAGGCUGGGCCAGACGAGAACGAAGUGACGGACGUGCCCUCGCUGGCGGCCUAUCUUCAGCUAACGAAGCUAGACUGGAAGUACAAGACAGAACCGACGGGGACAGCCUGUCUGGCGAUGAACGGUGGUCGUUGCAACUGGCCACGGGGCAAGGUUCUAGGGGGCUCGAGCGUGCUCAACUACAUGCUCUACGUUCGAGGGAACAGGCACGACUACGACCACUGGGAGUCCAUGGGGAAUCCCGGCUGGGGAUACGACCAGGCGUUGUACUACUUCAAGAAGUCCGAGGACAACAGGAAUCCGUAUCUGCAGAGGAGCAAGUACCACUCGACGGGCGGUUACCUGACGGUGCAGGAGUCACCGUGGAAGACACCGUUGGUGGUGGCGUUCGUCCAAGCGGGCACGGAGAUGGGUUACGAGAACAGGGACAUAAACGGGGAGCAACAGACCGGGUUCAUGAUCGCGCAAGGGACGAUUCGCAGAGGGAGCAGAUGCUCCACGGCGAAGGCGUUCCUGAGGCCAGUCAGGCUCCGCAGGAACAUCCACACCGCUAUGAACUCGCACGUGACUAGAGUGUUGAUCGAUCCUCUAACCAUGAGAGCGACCGGCGUCGAGUUCGUGCGCGACGGCCGUCGACAGAUAGUGAGAGCCAGGAAGGAGGUGAUCCUCUCGGCCGGAGCGAUCAACAGCCCUCAGAUUCUCAUGUUGUCCGGCGUUGGGCCGAAGGAGCACCUUCGUCACGUCGGCAUACCGGUGAUCAAGGACCUCCGCGUCGGUGACAAUCUGCAGGAUCACGUCGGCAUGGGCGGCCUGACGUUCCUGAUAGACAAGCCGGUGGCCAUCGUCCAAGACAGGCUCCAAGCUGCGCCGGUGACCAUGCACUACGUGGCGAACGGCAGAGGACCGAUGACCACUCUCGGCGGGGUCGAGGGUUACGCGUUCGUCAACACGAAAUACGCGAAUCUGUCCAUCGAUCACCCGGACAUUCAACUGCACAUGGCUCCGGCCUCGAUUAAUUCCGACGGUGGUGUCCAAGUGAAGAAGGUCCUCGGGAUAACCGAUCAAGUUUACGACACCGUUUACAGACCGAUCGCCAACAAGGACGCAUGGACGAUCAUGCCGCUGCUGCUGAGGCCCAGAUCCAGGGGCACGGUCCGACUACGAAGCCCCAACCCGUUUCACAGCCCUCUGAUCAACGCCAACUACUUUGCCGAUCCUAUGGACAUCGCAACUCUGGUGGAGGGGGCAAAGAUCGCCAUGAGAGUGAGCGAGGCGAAGGUUUUCAAGCAGUUCGGCACGAGAGUUCACAGGAUCAAAUUGCCUGGUUGCAGGCAUUUGAGGUUCGCCUCCGACGCGUACUGGGAGUGCCACAUCAGGCACAUCUCCAUGACGAUUUAUCAUCCGGUCGGGACGACCAAGAUGGGCCCUGCUAGCGAUCCCACCGCCGUCGUGGAUCACAGGCUGAGGGUUCACGGUGUCGCCGGAUUGAGAGUGAUCGACGCGUCCAUCAUGCCUACCAUUUGCAGCGGGAACACGAACGCGCCGGUGAUCAUGAUCGGCGAGAAGGGAGCUGAUCUCGUGAAGAGCGACUGGCUGGCGAUAGAAACCAAGAGAUGAUACAUAGAAAGCUGUUGAAUUUAUAUUGAAAGUUGCGGAGAACUUUAGAAUCGCUCGUGUUUGAAUGACGAUGAACGUUACGUGUUUUGGAUAACGUAACGAUACAGUGAGUGAAAAUAGAACGUGCGAAUGGAAGAUGCGAUGACGAAGAUGUAUUGAGAGAAUCUUCGAAAUGUUUGAAUAAGGCCAAGCAGUCAUUUAGUAUUACGUAAACUUGGUAUAUAACUGAGUAUAUUGAUGUUUUUGAAUUUAUUAAAAAAUUGUAGAAUUUAGGUGAACAGAAUGAAUGAAAUGAACAUAUUGUCAAACAUUGUUGUCUGUUGUAAAAACAGUUAAAAAGUAAGAAAAAUACUUUUUAUAUAUUUAAUUUUUGAAUUCCAUUAGUUGCGGAGUCUAUUGAAUUUUUAACGACGUUAAAUUUCAAGCACCGUACACCUUGGACUGUUUUUGAUUAAUUGGUGGAUCUGAUAACGAGUUUUAUCUUUCUAUAGUCGAUAACUUUUAGAGUCGAGCAGCAUUAACAUUCUGCGCUCCGAGUCUUUAUAUUGAAUUCCUUGGAAUCGGUGAAUCAGUCAUCGCGUGUCGAAGCAUGUUCAUUUUACUCUGUAUAAUAAUUAUCAUUAUAUCGAGUUAUAGAUUCGAUAGUGAGAAAUAGAAUUCGAUGAUGCGAACUGAUUGAAAAUAAUCGUAAAUGAAGUGUCGAUCCUUAACGAGUUGAAUCAAACGUUAUUUCAUUCUCACAGAACAGUUUAACACUACUGGUAAACGUUCGAACGUUAAAAUAUUCGAACAAGAGAGGUUCCACUGUGACUGUCGAUAAUUUAGUUGCAUUUUGUUGGUAGAUUAAUAAUACAACGCGUUGUACAAACUUACACCUACAUUCUGUAUAUAUGUACAUACAAUUUUGUUAAACUAAUUGUAGAAUUAUCGAGUUGUAGUAAGAAGGUUUGAUACAUCGAAAAAGUCAAAUUAAAUCUAUAUAUAUGCAUAAGAUAAUUUUAUCCUGUUGUUUGUUAAUUAACUGUAAAUUUUGUUAUCUUUUAUCAAGUUAGCUACAAACCGUGAAACUUUCUUACAUGUUGAACCAGUUGAUAGUUAAUAUAAGUAAGUGUUAAUAAUAUUAAUUAUUGUGACGCGUGAAUUUCGCACAACACGUGUCUCGUUAUACGACUGUUAUCGUGGAAGGUAAAUAAAUUGAAUUACGUAGAUGAGAAUACGAUUGUGGAGUACGGACGAGAUCUCGAAGAAUUUCGAAUAACUUUUUGAGCAAUUUUUCUCGUAAUUAAAAUGUCGUAUUGCGUUUAUCGUAGAUUUAGAUAUUUCGAUGACUUUCCUCGAGUUUGCGUUUCUUGUUGGCUUUAAAAUGAUUUUCCCCCACUCUUUGCGAUUUCAUUUCGCUGGUGCAAGUUUCAUAUUCUUGUCGUCAAUGGUUCUAGUAUUAAGAAUAAAAAAAAAGUAUCGAAAGUUAAAUGAUCGACGAAACAUCGACGUUGUACGAUUAAUUUACUUUUGCGAUAAAUUCAGUUUCUAGCGAAUGAAAGCCCUUCUCUCAGGUAGAAUACAUCGUUCAUGUGCCAUAUUUUGUUGUAUAUUUUCCACGCAGGAA